GCACGAUUGGCAGUCCUGGCCGGCUGUCACAAUCACAAACGUCAAAUCAACUUCACGUCAUUCAUGUAUCCAUAUAGGUUAGAACUCCCAAGUGCUAAAACCCGAUUUAUCUCCCAAAAUAAGAAUAUUUGUGAUUACUUGAAUGUCUAUAAUGAAAUCGUAUCGUUCAGUGUUUAAAUGCGUCAACAAUUAGGUGUCGUUGUGUGAAUUAACUAUGACUACGUCGAGCGAAGAUGUCCUGCUGCAAGUGCCCCAAGUCCGCUACAAGAAGGGUGACGGGACGCUUUUCCUGAUGGAUCAGCGGCUGAUUUGGAUGGUGGAGAAUAGGGACACGGUGGCGGUGUCCCACUCAUACGCUGACAUCAAAUCUCAGAAAAUCUCGCCUGAGGGAAAAGUGAAGGUGCAAUUACAGGUCGUUUUGCAUAAUGGGGUGUCGUCGACGUUCCAUUUUACGAAUAGGAAUGGGCUGCAAGCUCAGCUUGCCGAUAGAGAUAAAGUUAAGGAGAUGUUACAAACGUUACUGCCAAAGUUUAAGCGAAAAGUUGAUAGGGAGUUGGAAGAAAAGAAUAAGUUGUUGUCGUCGAAUCCUGCAUUGCUGCAGCUGUACAAAGACUUAGUUAUGACUGAAGUGGUGACUUCUGAGGAGUUUUGGGUCCAGCAUGCGUCUCAGUAUACUCAGAAACAAAAGCAACAACCCCAAGAUAUUGGUGUCUCUGGUGCCUUCUUAGCUGAUAUUAAACCUCAAACCGACGGCUGCAACGGUUUAAAAUACAACAUAACCCCCGACAUAAUCGAAUGUAUUUUCAAAACGUACCCCGCCGUUAAAAAAAAAUACGUAGAAAACGUCCCCACUAAACUGUCUGAAUCUCAAUUCUGGACGAAAUUUUUCCAAUCGCACUAUUUCCACCGCGACCGCAAGUACGCCGAGAGCAAAGACCUCUUCACGGAAUGCGGCAAAAUCGACGACCAGGAAAUGAAAAGGGACAUCCAAACGGGCGUCGACGACCCUUUAGUCAACAUAACGGAAUUCGAAGACAAAACUUUGGACGAAGGCUACGGCGUCGCCAACGAGAAGACGAACGUCACAUCCGGGACCGUCAGUCAAGCAAUGAUCAAAAGAUUCAACCAGCACUCGAUCAUGGUCCUCAAAGCGACCAAAAAACAAGAAAAUAGCGAAGCCGAAGCGAAAAAUGUGCCUAAACAAAACGGGAAUGUGAGCGAGGAGAAGCCCGACGACGGCCACGUUGCCAAAAAACAACGAAUCCAAAGCAAAAUCACGUACGAGGAUUUAGACUCUCCGAGUGCCAGCAGCAGUGGGGGUCCUAGUCUGAGUUUGUCGAAAGUGGAGCGGUAUUUGCACGGGCCGAUGCCCGACUCGAACGUCGAGCAGCUGAAUCCGAAUGAAGCGUCGUCGGUGUUGAGGGGGGUGCUGCAGGAGACGCGGCAGUGGCAGAGCAGGCACCCGAGCACGUCGCUGGUGACGCCGGCGGCCGCCGUGGGGGCUCUCGGGGAACUGUCGCCGGGAGGGGCGCUGAUGCGCGGCUUCCAGGAGCAGUCACUAGCACAGCUCGUCCCCGCCGACAUCGAAAACGAAGUCAGGAAUUUGUACCUAGCCCUCUGCGAGUUGCUCAGUCACUUCUGGAAGUGCUUCCCCCCGAGCACGCCCACCAUGGAACAGAAAGCUGUGAAGAUGCACGAAGCGCUGCAUCGAUAUCAUACUGCCAAAUUGAAGCCGUUCGAGGAUAAGCUAAUCAGGGAGUUGUCGCCGCUCUCUCACCACCUGACCAAACAUCUCAACCAGUUACUGAACGCCGCCUACCAAAAAUUUAGCAACUGGCAGAAGAUCAAGAACCGGUAGUACAAGCUUGUGGACGGUUUCAGUAUUAUUCCCUCGUGUUUCAUUAUUGUUCAAGGCAAUAAGACGAAAAGACAGUUAUUUUUUAAACCUUCUUAUUAAUUUAUAUUGUUAGAGUCUCAUUUAUAAGUCCUAUUUUCUUUUUACUGUAAUAAAUUGUACCAAAAUGA